UUUACAACUUACUCAUUUAACUUCUCUUCAAACUCUAUAGAAAAAGGUGAAAAACUUUAAGCCAUGGAAGGAGUGAGUAGUAAAAUGGAAACCCUAGAAAUUGUCAUCUCCAAAUCCCAACCCGCCGUCUCUCAUCACCCCCACUCCACACCGCCCGAAAUCAACCAUUCAAUUCAUCUUCUCUAAUUUUCGCCGCCAUUGACAAACCCGCCACUCCAUCAGCUGAAAGAAAACCACCUCAAUUCGCCAACUAAUUUUUUCAGAUUCACCCACUCCGCCGCCGCCUCUGCCGCUUCUAGUCGCCGCCUCUGUGGCUCCUUCCGCCCCUUACGUGUCGGCGCUUGCUCCGUCUCGAUUUCCUCGUUGAACAAGCUCUUUCUCUAGCUCGGCUACGAGCUGAACUCGAGUCAGUGGCUAUUCAGCUCGGCUUGUUUACAGCCUGAGAAGAGCUUUUUUAGCUCUCUGUGUUCGUUGAUUAGCUCAAACUAGGUUUAUUUGGGGCUGCAGCAACCGAGGGAACGAAGCAUUCAUUUUGAGGUAAUCUUAGAGAAUUUGAUAGUAUGUGUUAUUUCUCCGAAUAUGUUUAGGUAAAUUUUGAGUUAGAUUAUGUUUCAUAGGUUUUGAUUUUGAAGAUGGAUCGACUCAGUGAGUUGCCGGAUUAUGCAAUAUUUCACAUUUUUUGGUCGUUGCCUAUUAUUGAUGUUGUUAGGACAACAAUUCUAUCCAAGCGCUGGAAAAACAUUUGGACCACCACUCCCUUCCUUAAUAUAACUGAUAAUCAUAUUUCUGAUUCUGAUACUAGAAAAAAAUUUCCAAACAUUGUUCAUCGGGCUUUAUUACGCUGGGAUGGGGUAAAGGUUCUGAAAUUCAAGGUUAAUUUGCACCGUGAGCUUUCAAUUUAUGUGGAUGCUGAUUUGUGGGUGCGAUUUGCCAAGAAACAUGAAGUCGAAGAAUUAUACUUGCAUUGGAGGGAUUUAAAUAUGAAAAGGGUUGGUAAUAAUGAUCAGAAAGUAUGUUGGGUGCCACAGUAUCUGUACUCAUGCUCGUCGCUUAAAGUGUUGUCGAUCAACACUUUUCACUUUAGUAUUAGCGGGAAUGUGCAGUGGAAUCAACUCAAGAGUUUAACCAUUGUUAAUGGUUUUGGGGUCACUAAAGACGUGGUUAAUCAAAUAUUGUGUGGUAGCCCUCAGUUGGAAGUCUUAAUCCUCUCUUUUGUAGAAAGUGGUGAAAGCUUGUGUAUCCGAUCUACUAGUUUGAAAGAGCUGUCGAUUAACAAGCAUUUAUGUAAUGCCGAUAAUUAUGCAUCUACUUAUACGACAGGGGAGCUGAAAAUUUGGAGUUCAAAUCAUAAAACCUUGGAAAUUUGGACUCCAAAUCUUAAAACCUUAGAAAUUAAAGGAAUUCCAUAUAACAAGUGUUUGUUGACGAAUGUCUCAUCAUUAAGCCGUGCAACUCUUGGGUAUUAUGGUCUACAUCAUUUUGGUGAUUAUCAUUGGUACGGCUUGACCGGGAUGGAUGGCUUCACAAGACGUUUUCUUGGAGAUUUAUUUGGUCAAAUUCUGCCAAGCAUCCAACAUACUGAAAACAUCACAUUAUUGUCCUGUUGCCAAAAGGUGCUUGGAGCUAUGAUAGAGAGAUGCAUGAAUUCAUCCUCUCCUAAUGUCAAGUCCUUACGGCUCAGAUUUCACUACUCUAAAUUUGUAGGUAUGAUUAAGAUUUUCCCUCUCUCAAAGAAGUUAUUCAUUGAAGUUGAAGAAAGGGUCGGGUUCUAUGAUGAGCAACAUUCAAUGCGGGCCGCUCGUUACAUCUACUACAUGCUUAAAGAAAAUCUUCCUAUGUCCUUUGUGCUGCAGUUGAGGACUGUUGAGGUUACUUUGGUUGAGGAUAACUUCUUAAUUCUAUUUCUAGAGUUUCUGUUGAAAAAUGCGAGUGAGCUAGAAAAGAUUGUGCUCCGAGUGAAAGGACCACUAAAUUCUUUGCUUGGUGCAUCACAGAAGCUGAUGAAAAUGCCGAGAGCCUCGCGAACUGCACGAUUUACUUUCUGUGAAUGUUGAUCUUACAAAAGCUAUCUUCAAUCAUAGGUAAUGGGUAAAAAGGCAGCAUUAUGUUUUGAUAUGUAUCACACUUGUUACCUUCUUACUGCUAUGAAUGAAAUUAUUGAUGAAA